CACUUCCGAAACAAUAAGCGAGUCGGUAUUAAUUUCGGUUAGAGCUCCUCGAUUGAGAGAGUUGAUUCUAAUGAGUGACUUUUUGUUUUAUCCCGCAAAUGCCUUAAUAAUAGACCAAAAAACUCUUCGGACCAAGUGAGAAAGGUAAACUCAGAAAGGUUUAACACACACCCGCCUAACGUUACCGGGCGAGUCUCUCGAAGAAACCUAUUGUGUGCGGGUCAUAUUUCACCAGCAUGAAUUUCUCAGAGGUCUUUAAGCAGAGCAAUCAACUGUGCAAAGUUUCUCCAGAUGGGAAAUAUCUGGCCACCUGUGUUCAGUACCGCCUGGUGGUCCGUGAUUUCAACAGCCUUCAGAUCGUGCACCUGUACACCUGCCUGGACCCGGUGAUGCACAUGGAGUGGUCCUCUGACUCCCUCUUCAUCCUUUGUGCCAUGUACAAAAGAGGACUAGUGCAGGUGUGGUCUCUAGAGCAGCCGGACUGGCAUUGUAAGAUAGACGAGGGUUCGAUUGGACUAGUCUCAUCACGCUGGAGUCCAGACGGGCGACACAUACUCAACACCACUGAGUUCAGUUUGAGAGUCACCGUCUGGUCCCUGUGCACAAAAUCUGUAUCCUACAUCAAGUAUCCUAAAGCCUGCCAGAAAGGUAUGGACUUCACUGCAGACGGCCGUUAUAUGGCUCUGGCCGAGAGACGGGAGUGUAAAGACUACAUCAGUGUGUUUGUGUGUGAUGACUGGCAUCUUCUCAGACAUUUCGAGAGCGAGACUCAAGAUCUGGCUGGGCUGGAGUGGUCUCCUAACAGCUGUGUGCUUGCAGUGUGGGACAGCUGUCUUGAGUAUAAAAUUCUAUUAUAUUCGCUGGACGGCCGCCUGUUGUCCUCCUACAGUGCUUAUGAGUGGUCUCUAGGCAUAAAGUCCGUUGCUUGGAGUCCCAGCAGCCAGUUCCUGGCCAUUGGCAGCUACGAUGAGAAGGUUCGGAUCCUGAAUCAUAUAACCUGGAAGAAGAUCACACAAUUCGAGCAUCCAGCCACCAUCAUAAACGCCAAAGCUGUGGUGUUUAAGGAAGUAGAGAAAAGACCUGUUGUGGGCAGUGAGGAUCUUUCUAUUCAUCAGCUGACUGUGGAUAAUUCACUAUUUAGCACACAGAGCAAGUAUGAGAUCACACAACUGCCAGCCCAGGUGCCAGUAAUCAAGCCCGAUCCAGACCGAGCCAACCCAAAAAUCGGCAUCUCUGCUCUGGCUUUCAGUGCUGGUAAUCACUACCUGGCUACAAAGAAUGAUAACAUGCCUCAGAACCUGUGGGUGUGGGACAUGCAGAGACUCAGUCUGCUGGCCGUCCUGGAGCAGACGGCUCCUGUGCGCUGCUUUGUCUGGGACCCACACAGACCUCGACUGGCUCUCUGCACCGGAAACACCAAAGUUUAUCUGUGGUCACCAGCUGGCUGCGUGUCUGUGAAUGUGCCAGUAGAAGGCAGUUUUCAGGUGCAGUCUCUGUUUUGGCACUGCAGUGGCAGCUCACUGGUGCUGCUCUCGAAAGAGCACAUCUGCCUGUGUUACGUGGAUGCAGAGGAGGAGAAAUAAACCAGAGCUCUUCAUCACACUCCCCAGAGCCGGUUUCUACAAUACAGGAGCAGCGUCUGCAAUCCUGUAAGAGAUCUGCUCUCCAAAGAACUCAGGCUAAACACUGUGUCUGUCUGCAAAUACACUACAAAUACAGGUGGGGUUUUUAUAACUUUGUUUCAGCUUGACACAAAAAUUAUUUUCAAUAAAGCACAUGCUAUAAUAGUCUUUGAGGGAGUGAAAUGUGGUUUGUGUUCUCAGGCAGAGCACUAGCAUGUACAGAUAUUAAGCAUAUAUAGCAUGUGUGAUUCUCCAGCACCAGCAUAGUGCAAAUGAACCGAUGCUUUCACUCACAUCUGCCUUUUAUGGCCUUAGACAAGCUAAAAAAAACACUGUUUUUGAGGACCAAAUAUAUCAUACAAACAUCACAUUUAUGUCACUUUAGAUUUGAUUUGAUUUAGAAGGUUUUUUUUUUUUUUUUAGAUGAAUGUGAAUGACAAUGUCUGUUGUGUCUUUGUUUUUCCUUAAUGUUUAAGGUUCCAAAACUAGAUUUAUUUUUAUAAAUUUAGAGCUAUUUGUAAUAAAGUUUUCUACACUGAUGUUUCCCAUAGGUUUUGUCUUUCUUCUACAGGUGAACAUGUCAAGAACAAUUCACAAAUAGUAUUACUGUAAUAGACUGCUAAUGAAUUAAAUACUAUAAAUAAUACCAAGAUUUCUAAAUACUUUCAUUUAGAUUUAAUUAAGAUUUUUUUUUUUUUUUUUACAUCGUUAAUUUGUGUGAACAAUCUCACAAUGGAAAACAUUUUGUAAAAAUAAGACGCAACAAAUGAAAAGUGUUAAAAUAACCAUAAUUUUACUUAAAGCAUGAUGUUUAUAUUACAUAAAUCAGUGUGAUGAAAUCCAGGCAACAAAUUUUAAAGAUGAUUUCUAAAAUUAAAUUUAAACAAACCUGGAGGAGUUCAGAUCUAGGCUUGAUUUGAUUUGGGUAACACAAACAAUAUUAUACUAUAAUAACAUGGAUGAGUUGGUAUGCAAAUAAUUUUUCACUUAAA